AGAUCUCUCUCAAUCGUAUUAGGGCAUUUUCCCUUUCCUUCCUCGUACGUCUUUAGCUGGAAAAAGAAGAAGAAGGAAAAAAACAAAUUAGGGCUAGAAAACCAGAUCUCUCCCAAGCAUUCGAUGGAAGCUCAAUGAAAUGCAUUGAUGCACUGAGAAUAUGAUUUUUGGACGGAUUUUGGAGCCUUUUUGAUUGAUUCUUUUUUCUUCGAAACGGGUGUCCUAUGGAGUCAUCUAUUUGGAGUCGCAAUGCCAAUCCAGAUGUGUUUCACUUCCUUGUGGCUGUUCACUUCGCUCUCGGUUUCGUUGUCGCCAGGUUCUUCCUUGACAAAUUCAUUUUUCGUAGGUUGGCCACCUGGAUGUUGUGUAAUGGAUCCGCUCCUUUGAAGAUGAAUGAUGCCACAAGAGCAAAAGUUGCGAAAUGCUCAGAAUCUUUGUGGAAGUUGGCAUACUAUGCUACUGUUGAAACAUUUGUUCUGAAAAUAACCUACAGUGAGCCAUGGUUCAUAGAUACAAAAGAGUAUUUCAGGGGCUGGCCAGAUCAAGAGUUGAAGCUUUCCCUAAGCCUUUUCUACAUGUGCCAAUGUGGGUUCUACAUCUAUAGCAUUGCUGCACUACUUACUUGGGAGACUCGAAGGAAGGAUUUUUCUGUGAUGAUGUCUCAUCAUGUAAUUACUGUAAUGCUGAUAGGAUACUCAUACAUUGGAAGCUUUUUCCGCAUCGGUUCAAUUAUCCUUGCCCUACAUGAUGCAAGUGAUGUGUUUUUGGAAGCAGCUAAAGUUUUCAAGUAUUCCGAGAAGGAGCUUGGAGCAAGUGUGUGCUUCGGAUUAUUUGCCAUCUCUUGGCUCUUGCUACGUUUGAUCCUCUUUCCAUUUUGGGUCAUUAAAAGCUCAAGCUACGAGGUUCGGGAGUUUUUAGAUCUUUCAAAGUCAUAUCCCACAUCCCUGUACUAUGUUUUCAAUACCAUGUUACUGAUGCUACUUGUGUUCCAUGUCUACUGGUGGUUUCUCAUUUGCUCAAUGAUCACGAGACAAUUGAAAAAUAGAGGAAAAGUUGGGGAAGACAUUAGAUCUGACUCCGAGGAUGAUGAUUAGACAGAAGAUUUCACAAUCCUUUUUUAUUUUUACCUGAGGAGAUCACCUGUUUUAGGUUCGUCUCUGCACUGUAAUGGUCAUUACAUUGGGUAGAAAUUCUCUAUUGGUUUCAAUUUUUCUAAUUGAUUCUUCUCUGGGUCGGAGGGUGGACGAUGAAUCCACUUCUUGAUUUCUUUUUGAUGUAUAAGUAAUAGGCAAAUCACUGUAAAAGUUUUAUCUGGAUAAAUUAAUGUUGUGAGAUUCUCAGUCAUCAUAAGGGGAAAUGAAUACAGGGGCUAAAGUGAAGCAAAUGCCCAUAUUUUUGUUGAA